AUGCUAAAAAUCUGAUUAUAAACACGUUUUCGCACAAAAGUACAUCCAGAAAAAAUAAAAUGAGUUCUGUAAUAAUACUACUAUAUUCUAAUAUAAUCUGUAAUAACAAUACUGCACCAGUAUUCAUUUGAAGCUCGGAUCCAAAUCACACAACACCCCCUUGUUCAGCUACUUGGUAAAUUGAUUGUUCAAAAAGAUCUGUGGGAUAUACCGGUUGAAGCAAUGGAUGCAAGCCAAACGGAAAUAUGGGACACAAUGACGGAAGCUUUUACAAAUAUGGUAAAAUCUGCAUCUGACUGGAUAACAUUUGCGAUUGAUGCUCCUUCUGCUCGUGUUGUUGUUUUCGGAAUGCACAUUGGAGGACAUCUAUUUGUGGAAGGCCUUCUCUUAGUAGUUAUUCUUUUCCUGCUUUCCCAGAAAAGUUAUAAGCCACCUAAACGACCAUUGACGGAGAAGGAAAUUGAUGAGCUAUGUAAUGAAUGGGUUCCAGAGUCCCUCAUUCCGCCCAUAACAGAUGAUAUGAAAUGUGAGCCACCAGUUCUGGAAAGUGCUGCAGGGACACAUACAGUGAUCAAUGGUAAAGAGGUCGUGAAUUUUGCUUCUGCAAACUACCUUGGAUUUAUCGGACAUGAGAAGUUACUUGAAUCCUGUACUUCAUCACUGGAGAAAUAUGGUGUUGGUUCUUGUGGUCCUCGUGGCUUUUAUGGAACGAUCGAUGUUCACCUUGACUGUGAGGCCAAAAUAGCCAACUUUUUGGGAACUCCAGAUUCCAUAUUAUACUCAUAUGGACUUUCCACCAUGUUCAGUGCAAUUCCAGCAUUUUGUAAAAAAGGCGACAUCGUGAUUGCGGAUGAAGGUGUCCAUUGGGGAAUACAGAAUGGCCUUUUCCUGUCUAGAAGUACAAUCAUAUACUUUAAGCACAAUAAUAUGGAGUCUUUACGAGAUACUUUGGAGAAAGUCACUCGUGAUAAUAAGAGGGCAAAGAAGCUGAGGCGCUACAUCGUGGUCGAAGCUGUAUAUCAGAAUUCUGGUCAGAUUGCUCCACUAGAAGAAAUCAUCCGGCUUAAAGAAAAAUAUCUAUUCCGUGUAGUCUUAGAUGAGAGCAAUUCAAUUGGUGUGCUUGGAAGUUCUGGUAGAGGCUUAACUGAACACUACAGAGUUCCGAUUGAGAAGAUAGAUAUUGUGACUGCUGCCAUGGGAAAUGCUUUGGCGACAGAAGGCGGAUUCUGCACAGGGAGUACUAGAGUUAUUGACCACCAACGUCUCAGCAGUUCUGGCUAUGUCUUCUCGGCUUCGUUGCCCCCAUACCUAGCUAGUGCUGCAAUUACUGCUAUCAAUAUUCUAGAAGACAGUCCUCAGCUGAUUACAAACUUAAAGAAGAAUAUAAGCAUAUUACACACAGGACUGUCGGGCAUACAUGGUCUUGAGAUUGCCAGUGAUAAGCAAUCUCCUAUUGUUUAUCUCAAGCUAAAAAAAUCAACCGGUUCGCAGAAAGGUGACCAACAGUUGCUUCAAGAUGUUGUUGAUCGGUUAUUGACAGAAGAGAAUAUUUUCGUCACGACUUCAAAAAGAUCAACACUUGAUAAAUGCAAUUUGCCUAUUGGGAUAAAAUGUUUUGUCUCGGCUGCUCAUACUGAAUCUGAUCUAACGAAAGCAUAUGAAUCAAUGAAAAGGGUUGCGGCUCAAGUCUUGAUUGGCAGUGACUGAUGUUUUUCUACAUGUGAGAUUUAGUCAAUUGGUUGUGGUAGAAGUCCAGCAAGGAUAUUGUGGGAGAUGUUGCUGCAAGUGUACUUUGAUAUAUUACAUGACUUUGAAUUAUAUCAUAGGUUUCAUAUGUUUAUGCAGUAGGCUAAGGUAAUCAAGUACCAUUUCACUUAGAUGGCAAUACUUUGAGGCCUGACAGUUGUUUGUUUGACCAUUGAGCUGUGCAUAUCCUUUUUGUUAUUAUAGAUAGAAACUUUUCACGACAUCCAUAUCUUGUAAUUUUUUUUUUUCCCAGAGCUUAUUUUAAAUCAUAGGAAUUCCUUUUUCAAAUAGUCAUAUUACUUGAUGGAUUGCUCGAUGUAAUCUUAAUCGAGAAUGGAACACCAAGUUAAAUGUUUUGAGCCUUCUUUUUUCUUUUCUUUCUUAAAA